UUUGUUAAACAAAUUUUCAUAUUUAUUCAUAUUCAUUUCAUUCAAAUUAACUGUUUAUUUAUUUAUUAAUUUAUUUAAGAAUAAUAAUAAUGGAUAACAAAAAUAAUCAAGAUGAAAAUGAAGAUCCUGCACCAGAUAUUCCUCUGAUAAUCCGGCGAUCCUUUACGAUGACACAAAAUGUUCUAAAGAUCAUGUUGGACUAUGGGGAAUCUAGUAAUCAAAAUCUACCAGAACUAUUUGUGCAAAUAAAGAGAGUUCGGUUUUAUCGUAAAAGAUUUUUUUGUAUUGUAUCAGAUGGAAGUGAAAAACUUUUAAAAUGUAUGUUUUCAAAAACGUUAACUCAUAAAAUUGGCCAAAUAGAAUUAUUAGAAGGAAUGAAUAUCAAAAUAACAGAUUAUUAUGUCCACAGAUUUAAUCUUUCUCAACUUAAAAAAGAUUCUACGGAAGGAUCUAUUGAUUUAAUAGGAAUAACUAACAUAGCAUUUAUCAAAGUUGACCCAACUUACACACCUCCAAUGAAUGAUGCUGGUUUAAUAACUCCAGGUGGUAUUGAGAAAAGAGCUCCAGUUAAUCCUGUUAAAGUAACUCCGAUUGAAGCUAAUAAAAUAGUUCCAGUUGAUGCUGGUAAAAUAGCUCCAGCCAAUCCUAUUAAGAUAGCUCCAAUUGUUGCUGAUAAAGUAGUUCCAGUUACUGGAGUUAAAACACUUCCAGUUAAUCCUGUUAAAACAGCUCCAGUUAAUGCAGUUAAAACAGCUCCAGCUGCUCCUGUUAAAGUGACUACAGCUAAUACUGGAGUUAGAAAACCUCAAGCUAAUGAAGUUAAAAUAUCUAAAUUGACAACCAUUUUAAAGAGUUCAUUAAUCACAGGGAAAAUUAGAAUAUUCCCUAGAUCAUUUAGACCAUUUAUCGAAACAUAUUUUUUAAUCACUGAUAGCUCUGGAGGUAUACUAUGUUGGCUUUACUUUCCUAUGAGUGAAAAGCUGAGGAGAUUUCUCAAGGAUGGUUUUACGAUAGAAGUAAGCGGUGCUGUAAUAAAAAAAAAUCUUAAAAUAAUGAGGGAUAUUCCUCCAUGUGAUCUUGAGAUGAUUAUCAAUUCAACAUCGACAGUAAAUAUUUACAAUAAUGAUAAGGAGUGUAUUUUUAAUUACAAAAACCCGCCGAAGCUAUUAUUAGAUUCUGAUCCUUAUAUUGAGAUUUCUACCUCUAAAUAUCCGCUUCUGCAAACUAUACGUAAAAGACAUCCCGCGAUCAGACUUGAACUCAUCGCUGUGUUAGUCGACCAAUCAGUUGUCCAAAAAAAAUAUACGGAUUCUUUUAAACAUUUAGUUAUUCAAGAUGAGUCGAUAAGGAUGCAAAUAACAUUAUGGAAAGAAUUAGCUGAAAACUUUAGUAUUCCAAAUGGAGAAAUCAUUAUGGCGGAAGAUUUUUUUACUACUAUCCACGGUAACAUUGUUGGGUUAUCAUCACGAGCUAGUUCUAAAAUAAUUAUUGCUACUAAUUGUGCUGAUAAAACUAGGUUAAAAAAAUGGUACAAAAAAUGUCAAAAAUCAGCUGUAACAUCAACAUAAAUAAAUUUAAAAUAAUAAAUUAUUUUUACAUC